AUGGGUACUCCAUCUUCUCUACCCACAAACCCUAACCCCAGUCCCAGUCCGCCGCUACCUCAAUCACCACCACCGCAAACGCCGCCGCUACCUCAAUCACCACCACCUCAAUCACCACCACUACCCCAAGGCCAAACACCAACUCUCAUUCCGCCGACCCCCCUCUCGCCACAAACUGAGCCACAAAAUGAAACACCCAUUUUCGAAACUCAGUUCCCAGAACCAAUGCCUGAACCUGCGCCAACUCAAACGAAAUCUAAAGGUAAAACUAAAAAGGCUGCAGGUAGACCCAAGAAAACCACUGUCGAAAAAAGAAAAGGAGCGCCCUCUGUUCCUUUGGACUUAAACUCUCCACCUCAACCUUCCUCUGAACCAGUCAGCAAAAGAACUAGGUCCUCCUCGCAAAUUCCACCACCAGCGGUCCAAACCCCUGUAUCUCAGUCACCCUUAAACUCUCCAGCAGCACCUGCGUCAUCUGCCAAUGAUAUAGAGGAGGAUUAG